ACUAACGUGAGUUAUUAAUGCUCUGAGAAAUGGGUAGGUGAACAUUUUUCCUUCUUACGUAAAAUAACCGGAUUAUUUAGAAAAACAUGAUCACUGUAGCAUAUAAAUAUCAAUAUCAAUUGGAAACUUCCCUUUUAAAGACCAUCACGAUUUAUAACAGACAAGCUCUAGUAUCUCCCUUCAGAAAUUAAUGAAAAAUAAAUGUAUUCAAAAGACUUUAGGAAAUAUUUUUCCCUGUAAACACUUAUAGUUGAAUUGUAUAUGACCAUACUUUAUAUUUAGUUUGUAAUCUAGCAUACCAGUGUAGAUUUAUUCAUUGCUAGAGACUCAAAGCACGUUUGUACGUCUCUCUGGACACGAGCGUCUGCAAAAUGUGACUAUAAAUCAGGCUAUAUUAGGAUCAUUUUGCAGUGGAUAUACAGUGCUUUUUCAUUCAUCAUGGAUUUUAUUGGUUUGGUUCCUGGAUGCAAUUUGAAACCCUGGACUAUUUUCAAACUGAUUUUUGAUUCUUAGGUCUUCUCACUAAUUUAUCAUAAAUGUACAAAUUCAUCCAGAAAUCCAGAAACACUUCAAGACCUGCAAAACUACUGCCUUGUUUCUAUAGUACUCUGAAAACAAGUUAUACAACUGUAUGGGAAAAUUAGUCCUUCGUUUCGAAUGAUUUUGCUGCUGAGUACCUUUUCAAGAUCUGUGUAAAAAAAGGUGUAAAUAACAUGUAUUGAAGCAGUCCAGAGCAAUAAAAACCAAACAGAACAGAACAACCUGGACCAAGUGACUUCUUAGCCUUGGACUCUGAAAGCAUGGCCACGUUCAAGCUGACAGCUCUGGUUUUCACAUCAGCAGUCUUUUUUUCUCCCCCUUUUCCUGUCCAUGUCACUGAUCUGAAGUCGUGUCCCAGACACUAAUCGGCUGCGCGGUGACGCACAACAUACACUACACACUCCUGUGAUGCGUUCAUGCAAAGACAACAUUAACAUUAUAAACGAGCCUGGAUCAAUCACAUGACCACUACACUCCUUCAAUCUAUAAAACACGGCCUGCAUCUCCGUGGAAGAAAGCAGCUAAUGUCUGACAGCUCUCACAUUUAUCCAGUCGUGCUGGAUGUCAUAUUUGUCCAUGUGUCUAGCCAGCGCCCUUCCCCCUACACUCAUUUCUUCUCAGCCUGUUCUGCAACAUAAUGGCCGCCACCGCGCAUGCGCCAAACGAGUCUCCGGAAUGCAAAUACCACUGCGCCACACACACACACACACACGCGUACACACGUACAGCUCUUUUCUCGAGAUUAUAUAUAUAUAUAUAUAUAUAUAUAUAUAUAUAUAUAUAUAUGUAUGUCAAAAGAAACAUGUUUUUAUGUGUAUAUUUACUCCACUGUCCCGUUCCAUCCCCCGCGACCGCUUUUCGAGAACGUUCCGCCGUCGCUGCAGCUCGCGCCGAGCGGAAAAGAUGACGUCAAGCGCCCGAGCGUCACCUCGCCCUGUCUUCUCGAACGUGCCCCCGUACACGUUCUUUGUAACACACACAUACACACCAUGGCGAAUUCACAUCGAAUCUACUACGAAUAUACAAACCUGCAGCUCAAAAUGGAGAAUAAUUAAAAAAAGAAAGGGGGGUUAAAAAAUAAAUAAAAAAAAGCCCUCACUAUGAGGUGAGUCCUGCCCCCUGGCCCAGCGAGCGCACGCACGCGAAAGCCUUUUUAAAGCAGUGCACGGAGCGCUCGCGCGGUCACGUGGGCCCGGCGCGUGCCAAUGAGCGCGAGCUUCGCGUGUUUUCGCUCGGGUUUUUUUUUUUUUUUUUUUCCCCCCCUUUUUUUUUUUCUUAGCGACGGAGAAGCCGAGCGAUGUUUUCAAACCGGAGCCCUGCGCUGGGGACAACCGCCACCCGCUCGUAGCAGCGCUCUUUUACUCACCAACCGGACCUGAAAUAUCGUAUAUAAAAAAUAGAAAAUAAUUUAUUGAAUUCCUUUGUACUGACCUGAAGUGGAAGUCGGAACGAAUAUCGCUUUACGGCCCAUGAUGAACCCUGUGAGCCGUAGCUGCCACAGCUAGUCUGAAGCUGCACCAUGGCCAAGCCGGGGACCGACAGAGAUGGAGCCAUGGUGGAAAAGACGACUGGGAGGAAGAGUAAAGAUAAAAUCUCCCCAUUUACCAAAACUCCGAAGAUCGAUCGGAGUGAGAUUAUGGGGAAGGAGGGGAAGCCGAAGUCUUCCAUGAAACGCAAGCUCUCCUUCAGUGUCAGCCCGCCCCGUAACGAGGAACGGGACUCAGACACAGAUGACUCUGACCCCGGCCAGUCGAGCGAUAUGUGGGGAGAGAGAUUACUUCCUCCCUGCAGGAUAUACGCAGAUAAAGAUGGUCCUGAUAAAAAGAGGGUAAAAAAGGAGUCCGGGGGAAAGAAGUCUACCCCUGUGAAUAUUUUGUUUGGUUACCCCCUGUCUGAACGCAAGCAGAUGGCCCUGCUGAUGCAGAUGACGGCAAGAGACAACAGUCCAGACACCACACCGAGCCACCCGUCCCAAACUCCAGCAGUGCAGAAAAAGACACCAAAUAGCUCCAGUUCGCGUCAGAAAGACAAGGUGAACAAGCGGAAUGAACGGGGAGAAACGCCGCUGCACAUGGCAGCCAUCAGAGGGGAUGUCAAACAAGUCAAGGAGCUGAUUGGACUAGGGGCAGAUGUAAACAUGAAAGAUUUUGCAGGUUGGACGCCUUUACAUGAAGCUUGCAACCUUGGUUACUACGACGUCGCGAAGGUUCUUAUUGGCGCAGGAGCUGAGGUGAACACACAGGGAUUGGACGAUGAUACCCCUCUUCAUGAUGCCUCCAGCAGCGGACACAAAGAUAUUGUGAAGUUACUAUUGCAGCAUGGAGGAAAUGCCUUUCAGGCAAACAAGAGAGGUGAGCGGCCAGUGGAUGUUGCUGAUUCUCAGGAGGUUGAGCAGCUACUGAAGGGGGAGAUCUCAUUAUCUGACCCAGAUGACAGCUCUUCAGACUCUGAGGACCCCCCAUCAGUAAACCCCUCCAGUGUAGACGAGAAUAUGGAGUACUCUGACACGGAGAAGGACUCUGAUGGCAAAUCGACCACAGCAAAGGCCACAUCUUCAGUGUCUGGUUUGGAUGAGUACGAGUUCAAGGAUGAGGAAGAGGAGGAAGACCUAAGCAAGGCCCUGAACGACCGACACAUCUUGAGGCGAGAAUUGCGUCAGAAAGAGAAGGAGGAAAAGGAGCAAAAGGAGCAAAACCAUUACACCACCAAACAGUCCAAGAGCGAUCAAACUCCCUGCAAAUUAAAGAAGCCCAAAUCAUCCCGCGUCCUGUACUGCAGUUCAGAUAGUUCAGACGAUGAAAUAGAGACUCCAUCAGAACGAAAGUGUUCACCUACCAGGUCGCUCUGCAACGACACUCACAAAACAGAGAGCAGAACAAGAAGAGAAAGCUUAACCAUAACUCCAGCAGAAAAAGGCAAGUCAAACAAGAAGAAGAACAAGAGCCAAAGCAAAAACAAGGAAAACCAAGAGGUUCAAGAGGACGGAAAAGAAAACAGCAAGUCCCUUCUGUUUUCUACAGCGACUGCAUCUGACAACUCUGAUAAAAGUGUUCGGGAAGAAGAUUCUUUCAAAAUGUCCUUCAGCCCAAAGGAUGAUUCGUCCGUGCACCUCUUUCACUUGUCAGCUGUGAAAUCCCCCAAACUCAGUUACAGCCAAACCGAUAAGCAGAUGACACCAUUAAAACAGGAAAAUGCUAAGACUUUUGUCUCCAUUGGAGACGGAUCCUGUCCUAUGGACGGUGUCAAGUACAACCACUACACAGAUUCUGACUACACGGAAGGUUCCAGCAGUAAGAGUUGUAAGCACAAGGACAAAAGCAAACAUCACUAUAAGGAACACAGCUUGGACGGAGAUGACAGAAGCUCCAGCCCUUUUAAAGAUGCCAGUUUAAGCAACAGUUUGGAUGGCUCUGAAGGAGUCUUCAGGAAGGCUGAAAAAGAUGGAAAGGUCGUCAAGAAACAUAAGCUAAAACACAAGGAGAAGGACAAAUACAGAAAAGACUACGAGCCUGAGAGGAAUCGGCAUCGGCAGAAAGACCUCCGGAAAGAUGGGCAUAGGAACAUGGAGUUUGACCGAGAAUUUUGGAAAGAGAAUUUCUUCAAAAGUGAUGAGAGUGAGGAGAUUAAAGGGAAAUGUGAGACACCAGGCAGUUGUUCUCCUCAAAAAUCCCUUGACACAUCACCAAUUAAAGAAGAAAAGGCAACAUUAAAAGACAAACAUGCAGUCUGCAGCAGCACUAAGGAGAGAAAACUGAAAGACGAGCGAGAGAAAGACAAGCUCAUAAAAAAAGAGAAGAAAGAUGUGGCAUAUAAAGAUGAAAGAGGAUCAAAGGAUGGGAAAGGUGCUGAAAACGACGAGCGGUCAGAAAGUCUUAACUUGUUACGGAAGCCUGAGGAUUCUCUUUCGAAUUUGUGUAUAAAAGAGGAGGUGGAAGAGAAGCCUCUUACUGGAAACCUGUUUGAUCACAAUCAGCUGGAGACUACAGAGAAGAGCUGCCGAGAGAAAAACGAUAAACGGCCGCCCGUAAAGGACAGAGAAUCCGAAAAAUGUGACAAAAGACACGCAGAAAAGGAAAAAAAACCUAAAUUGGAACACUUGUUAGAUAAAUCGGACUUUCACAAUUCGACAGACCGAUGGAAAGAGAGGGACAGAUUAACAGCCUCAUCUAAUCUGUCCGGGGAGAAAAGUCACAAAGAAAGUGAAAAACUGAAACUUGUUUCUGUUACAAAAAAGCAUGAAGAAACCAAAAAGAGCAAGGACAAGCUCGACAGAAGAAGUGAGAAAGAACGGCAAGAGAAAGAGCAUUCCUCAAGCGAUCACAGGGACAAGGAUAAAGUGAGUUCUGAAAAGAAAGGAAAGAUUCCUGACAAGAACAGCGAUCAUAACAAAAUCGAUCGAAUUAAAGAAAAGGAAAGGGAAAAAGACAAAGACUACGACAAGAAGAAAAAAGAAAAAUCAAAAGAAGCCCCCCUCUCUUCUUCAGGUUCUAAUCUCAAAUUACUUUGGGAAGAGAAAAAAGGGUACACAUCCGAGAGCAAUAAAACAGUAAUCUCUAAAUUUAAAGAAGAGGUUAUGAAAACCCCUGAGAAAGAUCGGGACAGAAGGGAGAGGGACCGAGAUUUAGAAAGGCACCGGGACCGGGAUCGAGAUCGGCACAAGGAAAAGGACAAGGAUAAAGAGAGGUCCCAACAGAACAGGGAUAGCAAACUGGUUAAAGCGAGGCCUGUCGAGUCCGAGUCAGACAGGUCCAAAUCCAAAGCGUCGCCUGCACUAAAGGAAACCCGUCCCAAAGAGAAAAGACUGGUUAAUGAUGACCUCAUGCAGACCAGCUUCGAACGAAUGCUUAGUUUGAAAGAUCAGGAAAUUGAGCAGUGGCACAAGAAACACAUGGAAAAGAUGAAGCAAAAAGAGAGGGAAAGGCUGAAACAACGACCAGGGGCUGACCCCUUCAAGCAAAAAAACAAAGACAAAGCAAAGAUUUCCAUUUCCAACGAACCCUGCGCAAACAAAGAACUUUUGCGCUCCAAGAGCUCCGAAAUCCCAGAGGCUUCCAGUCGUGAGAAGAUCUUAAAAGAUUCAACGAGUGGAAGGACGCUUUCACUAGAUGCAAAGAGUCUGACGUGUUUUGGUAAGACUGGUCCAUUAAUAGAAAACAGCCUUAGUCGAUCUCCAAGACCUGACAGUGAACGGUCUGGAAUCAUGUCGAGAUCGGUGUCCAUGAUCUCAGUCGCCAGUUCAGAGGACUCCUGUCAGGCUAGCAUGUUAACGCCAAGGCCCACAGAAUACGACUCAGACUUAAAUUUGGAAGCAUCCGACUCGCAGCCACCAUUUCUCCAGUCUUCCUUGACAGUUCAGUCCUCCAGAUCACCGGUUGUCAACGACAAAGAUACCAACAGUCUUCCUGACAUAGCGUCUGGCAACAGAACACCGCUGUCCAGCAGACUCGCGUCACCUUACUUAAGAGCUGUUCUGGAUGAGGAUGCUAAAGCUGGUCCAUGCGAACCAGACAAACCGAAGGAAGAAUCUGAAAAAGUUGGAGACGUAGCAUGCUGCAUUGAGGAGCCUGGUAAAAUACACCUGACCGAAGCCAAUGGAGCAGUCGCACAGGAAAGUCUUAACUCCGCACAUCUCCCUUGCGUUCAAUCUGAAGUGGAAAAUUCAGCCAGUGUUGAGGAUGCGAGUGGCACUUCAAGCAGCCAGUUAGUAUGUGCAUCUCACUCGAACUCAAUAAAAGACCUUGCAAGCCAACAAACUGGCCUUUCACAAGCCAGCAAUUUGUUGCCAACUACAGUGGAGGUCAUCAAGCUGAAUACUGACUCUUUACAAGAGCAAAGUGCACAAAAUCAACUCGACAGCCCUGACAUGGAAAUGACCGAGGGAUCAAACAAAAAUUCCUUGAAUGCACCUGUGUGCCAGGUUGCAUCAGCGGUGUCCUCGCAGUCAGAGCAAAGCCUCGCCAGCAAAACACCCAAGCAUUCAGUUACCCUGAAAUGGGAUUCCGUCUCCGAGCCCAAUACUGAACACCCAGCAAGAACGGAUGUUGAUCCGAGACUCGAGCCAAAAGCGAGAAGUUUAUCACUGGGCCCUGAGAACAUAGAGGACCAAUGCACAGAGAAUGUGUCUGAUGAGAUCAGAACUAACAGCCAAACUAGCACUUGUAGGAUUAGUUCUGAGGAGGCUACAAAAACACUGCCAUGUACAUCCAGUGUGGUGAAAGAUUCUCAGCAGGCUACGGAAAAUAUUUUACAAGACGACUGCAAGUCAGAUCUUUGCAGUGAGAAGGCAGGCACUGAGUCACAGCUGGAGAAAAACGAACAUAGUUUAUGCUCUAUGCCUUCCGUUUCAAAUGUCCCUCACUGUCAAAGUCCUGAACAUUUAUCUGAAGAGCCGAUGGAAGUAUCAGAGGAUGAGCCGGACACUCUUGAGACGCAGGUAGAGAAAGCUGUAGCUGCAGAGGAUGCGUCUCAAACCCAGGCUCUAGCAGAUAAAGCAGACGUUGAUGUGGAGAUGCCAGAACAACUCGCUGCUGAAGAGAAACCUGGAAAACCAGGUACUCCGUCAGAUGGAGAUCAGAAUUUGGGCUGUUCUGGGGUUCAACUUGAUUCUCAGUCAGAAGUAACCAGCGGGGCGACAUCUGGAAGCUCUUCUCCAUUGUCAGUUGCGGACAGAGACGGCGAUCUAACCGGAGCCCGGACAAAAGUGAAAACUUUGGACGAUGAUGUCGAUGUCCAAGUCACUCAUCCGAGAAAACGAAAGAUGCCCAGAGUUUCUCCUUCAACCCAAGCCAGCCUUUCAGCCCAGCAGAUUAAGGAGAAGACGCAGCAGUCUUUGGCAGCGAUCGUGGACUCCCUAAAGCUUGAAGAAAUUCAGCCCUACCAGACCGAACGGGCUAAUCCUUAUUACGAAUUCCUGCACAUCCGCAAAAAGAUCGAGGAGAAGAGGAAGGUGCUAUGUAGCGUCAUUCCUCAAGCACCACAAUACUAUGACGAAUACGUUACGUUCAACGGAUCUUACUUGCUUGAUGGGAAUCCUCUGAGUAAACUCUGCAUUCCAACAAUAACACCACCACCAUCUCUUCUCGAACCACUGAAAGAGAUGUUCAAACAGCAGGAGGUCAUGCGCAUGAAACUGCGCUUGCAGCACAGCAUUGAAAGGGAGAAAUUGAUCGUGUCUAAUGAGCAAGAAGUCCUGCGUGUCCAUUAUCGUGCUGCAAGAACAUUAGCCAAUCAGACACUACCCUUCAGCGCUUGCACAGUCUUGUUGGAUGCAGAAGUAUACAACAUGCCUGCGGAUGUCCAGGGGGAUGACGGGAAAACCUCGGUGAGAGAUCGGUUUAACGCAAGACAGUUCAUGUCGUGGCUUCAGGAUGUGGAUGACAAAUUUGACAAGUUAAAGACAUGUCUCCUGAUGAGGCAGCAGCACGAGGCAGCAGCUCUUAAUGCUGUUCAGCGGUUGGAGUGGCAGCUGAAGCUUCAGGAGCUGGACCCAGCCACUUACAAAUCAACCAGCAUCUUUGAAAUCCCAGAGUUUCACAUCCCCCUUGUUGAGGUCAACGACGACUUCGACCUCACCCCGAUAUAACAGCGGCGAAUUAGCGCUCGGUUCGCAAACAACUGACAUCACGCUCAUCUCUCCGGGACUCGGGAGGAGUAGAGAAACACAAAGCACUUGUUAUGGGCAAGCUGCAGUGUGUGUGUGUGUGUGUGUGUGUGUGUGUGUGUGUGUGUGUGUGUGUGUGUGUGUGUGUGUGUGUGUGUGUGUGUGUGUCGUGCGCAGUCUUGCACCACAUAAUCAGACACUCCAGAGGGGGAAAAAAAACAACAACAAUAAUGACAAAAAAUUGAGUAAUAGUCCUCCAUCUCUGUGGAUUAGAAAGUCUGCAGUAUUUUUUUUUUCUAGGUCAUUCUGAAUAGGAGUGUCUGCCAAAAGAAUAAACGCGCAUGCUACGUUUCUGUACCGGGUCCAAGGCUCAGCGUUGCGUCCCUGAAGGUCCAAUUACUUUUCUCUCUAUCAGCUCUUGUAUGAAUACCUGCUCCAGAUGCACUUCUGUCCUAAGAAUCCAGUGCAAAACAGAGAUUCUUACAGCUGCUGGCAUUCGGUCCAAACUGAAACGCACUUAAAGUCCGUGUUGCAAAACAGUAGAACCACAGGCAGGGAUGCAGGCAGAGCUGCACCGAGGAGAUCCAGCCAGCAGAGGGCGAUGCCUACUCUCCUCACAUGAUGAGAGAGCGAUCGUGAGAGAGGGAGAAUAUUGAAGAAGCAAACACUUUCCCUCUGCUCUGAGAGAACAGAGGUCUCGUUCCAACUCGUUUCAAAAGUGAGUGUUCAUUAUGUACAGACUGUUCUCUUCAUUCUUUUUUAACUUAUUUUAUACAUACUGAUUGUGCAUUUGUAAAUAGCCAUGUAAUUAUUAUUUUUAACUUGUAAAAAGAGAAAAAUAACAGAAAGGAAGUUAAUAGAUAUUUUGAUUGUAAACUUUUUCGUUUUGUUUUGUUUUGUUUUGUUGUUUUUUUUGUUUUUGUCACAUGUUUAAUGGACCAAAGUUGGUUUUCUAUUGCGCGUCCUCUCUGUCGUUGAUGUCGGCUUAACUCUUUAAGCAUGUGUUUGUUUUUUGUUUUUUUUUAUUCUGUUUGGGUUUUGUUUGUUUGUUACAUUUCUUCUUCUUCUUCUACUACAUGUUUCCUCCUAGAUUCAUCACAGCAGGUGUUUUUUGACUUGUGAUUUCUAUGCUGUGCAUGCGUUUCAGGUUUGUGCUUCUUUUUCUUCCUUUUUUUUUGUUUAUUAUUAUUCUGGAAGCUGUGCUGUGGUGAGGUUUAUGUAAGUGCUCCUGCUUUUUUGUUUUGUUUUGUUUUUUUCCCCCGCCUUUUGUCGUCUCUUAGUAGCACUCACUCGCUUCCUUGCGUGUCGUCCUGGUUGUGUCUUGCGCACAUAAAGAGAAAACGGGAUCGGUGUCUUCUCAUUAGAAAAAGGAAAACUUACUUUUACAGUUUUAAUGUGAGAUCACAACAAAACAAAACCUAUUUUUUACACCACGCCUUUUGAACGAUGGUUCUAAAAAUAUGUCUAUUUUAAUAAUUACUUGUUACAGGAUAAUGUACAUAAUUGUAAUAUAUACCUGAAUAAAUUUUAUUGGUUGUGAACUUUC